GCUACAAAAAUGCAUAAACCGUUUAUCAUUUUCAUUUUCGUUUUCAUAAACUGUGUGAUUUGCAAUGAGAUCACUCCAAUUUCUCCGAAAAAUUGGGCAAAGCCAUACUCACCGUUCUAUGAUGCAGCAUGCAAUAGACUUCUCAUGGUUGAUUUUGCAAAUGGUACGCUUAUCAAUUAUAAUCUUAAGAGUCAAAUCAUUUACGAAAGUCGAAUACCUGGAAUAUCCAAUCCAUCAUUCAUGAUACCAAUUAAAUGUCGAAAAAAUAAGUUUUUGGUAAGCAACGGUCUAUCAACGGCAAUCAUUAAAUGGAAUGGCGUUGAACCAGAAGCUCAAGUAGUCGAAACACUAUUUUCAGUUGAAACAUCGCAAGAAUUUAUAAAUAAUAAUUGGAAUCAAGCCUCCGUUUCGCCACAAUUUCGAUUUUAUGGUGGAACCUAUAGAAGAGGUAUGUGCGGAGAUAUGCCACCAACCACAGGAGCUGUUUAUCGUUAUGAUAAGUGUAAAAGUGUAAAAAAAAUCAUACCAAAUGUAAAAGUUACAGGCGGCAUUGAAUGGAAUGCAAAAGGUGACACCAUGUAUUUCGUGGAUCCAUGCCAGAAAGUUAUUUGGGCUUAUGAUUAUAUUAAAAACACCGGAACCAUUAAAAAUGGUCGCAUUGUGUUUGUUUAUCAAGGCGGAUUCGGAGAUGCAAACACAAUUCCGCUUGGAUUGGCUAUUGAUAGAAAAGAAUACUUAUAUGUGACGCUGUAUGGCGGUGGUGCUGUUCUGAAGGUUGAUCCAAGAACUGGACAAAUAGUUGACGUAAUUUAUGUUCCAGCUGAAAUUGUCAGUGAUGUAACUUUUGGCGGCGAUAAUUACGAUAUUUUGUUUAUUACUACAUUUAAUAGCGCACGCAACAUUCAAACAGGAGAAAAUUCCAAUAAAACAUUUUCACCACACAGUGGUCAAGUGUUCAUGAAAAUGGGCAUGAACGCAAAAGGUAUUCGAAGUAGAUCUGUUCGACUUUAAAUUCUCAGGAAAUGAUUCAUAUUAAAAUAUUUCAUUAUUAAUAUUUUUACAUUUUUCCUUAAUUAAAUUUUGUUAUCAACAAUAAAUAUCUGAAAAAUUU